GUUGCGCGAGAGUGUGGUCUUGUGUUGUGGGAGAAACCGGAGUACCCGGAGAAAACGCACUAGUCCGGCUUGGUGACCACUAGCCAAACUCACAUGCGUCCAGACCGGGAAUCGAACCCUUGACGAGAAACAAGUGCACUAACACUGCGCUAACCGAACAACAGGUUAUAUUGCAAUGGUUAACGGUGCAUUACAAUGGAUUUACUCUUUCAAAAUCCUAUACACUCGGUUAAAGGAAGGAAGCCUAGCGCCUGAUUAUAUUUGUUCUGAUGUGUGGGAAAUCGAAGAUGCUUUUCAGAGGUCAGGCUGCGAGCCCAUCGGAUACAUCAGAACGAUUACAAACGACUCAUGCACAACCGUAAACGAGUUGCUGCAUUGCAUUGCUGAAUCCAUUUAUGGCUACAGAGAGCGAGAACAUAGAGAGGCUUGUGUUCUGCACAUGCGCACUGCCAUCCAGGACAGACACAUAGACUCUAUGUUUCCAGCAUGGCCUUUUAAAUGGAAAUUCUGUAGCAGGGUAUGGUGUGAAAUCGGACACGAGUACACUGAUGCUCAAUUCAGUUGUAUUUUCUGGUGCCUUGGGGGUCCUGCAGCUAUAGGAUUUACAGGAGUUCUAGCUCUUAUAGGCCUUGUUACAUUUGGUCUGCCAGCUUUGGGUUUUGGAGCUGCGGGAAUAAUGGCCAAUUUCAAUGCCGCCCCCCUCAUGGGCUUGUGGGGCGUUGCAGUGCCUGUAGGCGGCAUCAUCGCCACCCUACAGUCUAUUGCAGUGUUAGGAAUCGGGUACAAGGCAAUUUUGGCCACGUUGUUCUCAGCAGCUGCUAUCUCAAGAGCUGCGAUGGAUUGCAAUUGCUGCGAAAAGUAAUCAAUAAAUAUAAAGAACUAAUGCAGUAUACUGGCGUUAGAAAAUAAAUGUUAACUCAGAAAUACGGAUUUAAAUUAUUACAUGUACAUUGGAUAUAAGUUUAUCAAUAAGUGAUCAACUCAAGAGCAAUCUUGAAAUAGGUUUCAGUUUCUUGUAGAAAGAAGAGGCUUUAAUAUGAUGCCAUAAAACUGCAAUAGGAUAACCUGCGAACUCCGCGAAAGGACGCGCACACCUUAUCACUCUGUUUGGAUAGCGACAUUUGAAACGGACACCAAUCGCUACUAUCAAGAUAACGAUGCCACCCACAGCAAAGUGCGAUACAAUUUAAAAAGACUCAAUCAGGAUUUGUGACUAGUAAAACUUCACGCUUAGCUAUUCCAAAUUUGAGUGUAAAAAUAAAGACAGUGCAUGAAACUCAACAGAAAAGGAUGGUAUUUAUGUUCUGAAAAUUCCAUGCAAAAUUUAAAUACUCUAAGGAGCAAAUCGGUUCUUGCAUUUAUUUACACCCCUUUUAUAUGACGAGGGCAAAUUUGUAUCUUUAGGAAAAUUACCCAAUGGCAAGGGGCAAAUAUUUGCAUUAAACGCAAAUACCUAUUUGGGGGAAAUUACCCUCGAUAUAUUUCUAUUUUAUCCAUCCAUGUAUACUCACAAUAACAAGGCAUAACUAACUCGUAGAUAUGUAUAAAAGGACGCAUCAAGAGCAUGUUUAGGAACUCGACCUAGUUUGUACAUAUCAACCCCUUACAUAUUGUACUAAACCAAUGAUUAGAGUUUUGAAAUUCUGAAUCAUGCCAAAAAGACACUGUUCGGUGAAGUUGUGAAGUCCAAAUACUUUUUUAAAAAUUCUUUUUGAUGACAGGCAUACUAUACAGCUUUAACUCUGGCUGUAUAACUUUAUAUCAAACAGCCAGAGCAUGCGGAACUUGUUAUAACUCAAGUUCAAAACUAUGUUUGAAUUGAAAUUAAAGAACUUCUCGUUUGAACACUGAUGUAUACACGUUGUAAGAUAUUUCAUAUUUAAAUUGCAUUGUUACAAGCAGUUAAAUCUUUAAAAUUGAUGAUCUGAAAACAGUGCGCUAAAAUUUAAAGUUUCACAAGGUAACGCGAUAUGUUAAUUAGGAAGUAGCAUUGACAUGACAAAUAGAUUAAUUGUUUGGUUUACAAAGCGCGUAUAGAGUGCGUUCAAUUACGAACUAUAUUAGGAAAAUCAUAUCCAAUUAAGUUCUUUACGUGCUCUACCCUCAAAGAAAAUUUGAACAAAAGUACUCAAUGUUUUGAACUCUUAUUUUGUCAAAACUCAAGUUUAUAAUUAUUCAAAUAUUUAACUAGCAAUACUUGUGCACAAAUAUUGAAUUACAUCGAUAGCUAACGAAUUCAAAUCUAUCACCAAUUACAAACUUGACAAUAACUUGUAUGUAUGUCGCUUAAUCUCAAAUAUUGGAAAAUGCAAUAGA